UGUCAAAUUGUAAAUAUUUAUUUAUACAUCUGGCAACAUUGGCACCAGGUGCGGAAAGCGACAUUUUUCGAUCAAACAAAAAUAUACUAAUAAUACAUGAUUUAUAUUUUGAAAGACGAAUAUUAAUCGCAAAUUAAUUUAUUUAUUUUAUUCAGUCUGAACAUGGUAGACGAUAAAGUUGAAAUGAAUAACGACAGUGAAAGUUACUCAAGUUUAAAUACAAAUGAUCCCAAAAAUGUUCAAGAGUUAACCCAAUAUGUACAAAGCUUACUGCAAACUAUCCAAGAUAAAUUCCAAAACAUGUCCGAUCAAAUACUCACAAGAAUCGAUGAAAUGGGGAACCGAAUAGAUGAUUUAGAAAAGAAUAUAGGAGACCUAAUGACUCAGGCUGGUGUGGAAGGAACAGACAAGUAGAUUUCCGUUAUUUGUGAACAUUUUUACACCUAAUGUAGAUCAGUUAAGUUUAUUUAUAUUAUGGAUAUUAGUUUUACCUACUAUUAAUAACAAAAAUAUCACUAAAUUACAAUAAAAUGUUUUCUUUAUUGA